AUGCCUCAUUCCGGAGGGCAGCCUUUGUUUGGGAGACUUUGUCGGCUUGUUCUCCCUGUUCCCCUCACAGGGAACCAAUCCAACGAUUUUGACAAGGAGAUGAUCGAUGUGCUCGACGUCGGGAACCUCCUCCUCACCGCCCUUGCAGUCUUCUUCGAGCACUACGGCACCCUCCUGGUGGACAGCGCGAAGGGCUGGAUCAACACAGUCGCAGGCAUAUGGCUGGCGGCACUGGGCAGCAUGCUCUGGAAUGCGACCCCUGGGAGACCUGGCCGAGCGCAGUUCACACUGAGGCGACGCGGCCAGGGACGGCUGCUACAGCUUUGCAUCGCCUGGAGUGCAGUACAGGUGAGUACGGCGGCCCCACCGAACGACCGACGACCAGCAAGGCAUCGCCUGACUGAGGACCCAUCCUUCUGGGCACUCAGCCAAGAUGACCUGCGACUACAAGCACUCAGAGCGAUUGAGAGGCUCGAUGCGCAGAGGCCCUUGGAAAGGACCAACACUGAGCUCGAGCCGGAGCAGUUUCUUGUCGAUGCUCCAGCGGCUGAUCCAGCACCGGUCGCUGAGCAUAUCUCCUUCCACGUCCUCUCUCCCAUGUUUGAAGCGGAAUGUUUGGAUGUGGCCAUGGCAUUCCCUUUGUUGGAGGCCGAUGUGCAUCGAGUGAUAUACGACAUGGCUUCCAACCUGCCAACAUGGUUGUCGCACACAGUUGAAGUGCAACCCCAACCAGCCGAGGAGUAUGUGACCUUCCUCCUGCUCCCCACCUGGGUGCCCUUCUCCGGGAUCUAUUGCCAGGUCAUCGAUGCGACGGCUUUCGGCAUGGGCUUCUACCCGCACUACUUUCAGGGCUUGAUCAGCCGAAGGCAGAUUUUGAAGACCAUUAAUCUGUCAUGGAGGGAGAACCCAGCAGUUUUCAUGUAUGGAGACCUUGCACCCCUCGCCGACGAUGAUAUCAGGCCUGCUGUCCAGGGUGGCCUCAUCCGGAUUUUCCAGGCUGGCCAAGUUGUCGAUUGGUGCUCGCCGUUAUCUGAGAGACUGGACACCCCUCGUCGAUGGAAUCCAAAUGCUGAGAUGCCGCAACCCCGAGCUGGCAGGUCGCCUUUGCAGAUCGUGUCGGAUGCAAUGGACGUCGAUGUGGAACACACAUGGAUCCUCCUGGGACCCAGACCAUUGUUUUUGCCGACCUGCGUGGAGUCGGAAGAUGGCCGGUGGCUGGCCCUAGAAGAUGAGCGCUUUGACCCGGAGCCCUUCAUCGACAGCCUCCAGCUCGUCCACUGCCCUGGUUGGUCCAUUGUUAUCCAAGGAGGGCAGCGGACAGAUUCGCCAACGGUUCUCAAAGUUCAACAUGGUGAACUUCUCAACUUCGUGCUCCGCUAUACCGACGACAUAACCCCAACCGCUUCGGAAGCUGAGCUCAGUGCAGAGUCUGAUGAGGACCCGGAUGAAGAUGAUAGCAUGGGACACUCAGGAAGCCCAGGCCCAAGUGAGACUGAGAACCACGACGACGAGCCCAGGUCACAUGGACCCAGACAUGAUGCGGACCGAAGCCGAUCCCCAAGAAGAGAAGGAGGUGAGCCUGAAAACGAGCCUUCCCCUGGUAUGGCCCAGGAACUCAGGCUGGCGGACCACAUCACAGUGGCCACAUUUGACAUCGCGAAUGAGAAGGUCGAAUUCCGCCAUACCCUGGGCGACCUUGAGGCUGUUUUCCAGGUCUGGCCCAACACAUGGCUUCAAGAGAUUUGUGGCAAAGCCGAAUGGAAGCCGGUCACACAGGCUGCCUUACUCGGCCUUGUGCAUUGGGCCGUGCUGCUUCUCGGUGUUGCUCCAGGAGAAGCCCCGAGCGUCCAUGUCUACUCCGACGGAUCCUACCAAGAAGCACAUAAUUGCAGCGGCUACGGCGCAGUCGUGCUCCUGAACUACAAAGAUGACUGGGCACACUUUGGAAGCUUCGGAGACGGGAUCCUGGGAGCUGAAAAUGGACCUUGGGGGGCAAUGACCCCGCACCCACUAUAUGCGGAACAAGUUGCCAUUGUGGUGGCCCUCUUAUGGAUAGGCCAGUUGCUACGCUUUAUGUCGAUUGCCUCGGCCACCAUUCACUUCGACAACCAAGCAGCUGGAUGGGGUGCCAGUGGACAAUGGUCGCCCUGCAACGAGUUCGCUGUCAAGACGAGGGAACUGGAGACCUACAUCCGGCGGCUCCUGCAUGGCAACCUCGUCUUUCAAUACGUCCGGGCGCACCAUGAAGACCCCUGGAACGAAAUGGCUGAUGUCAUUGCCAAAGCUGCAGCCCGGCAGAUCAAAUGGGUCCCUCGCCCCCCGCAAGGUAAUUGCAAAGCCUUCCGGAACAUGGACUCCACGUGGCUUCUUGCAGCCGAGCCCCCUGAUGGGCAACACGUACUGCCGAUCAAGGCUGGCCGAUGGAUGGAAUGGAACCCCACGGCUGCUGACAGCAAGUCCGUCAUUCAGCCCGAGCAGCUUGUGCCCACGGUUUCCGGCACCAGUCUUGCCAAGACUGCCAAGCUCCGCACCGAGCUCCUCACAAUAAACAUUCAGGGCCUCAAGGGCAAGCAUGCUUAUGUUGAGGAUCAACUGGCUUGGCGAAAAACCCGCAUCGCCUUCUUCCAGGAGACCAAGGAUGCUGCUGGCAUGAUUCGGACAACAAGAUAUGUGAGGUUCGCCAGCCCAGCUGCAGGACACUGGGGCACAGCCAUCUGGAUCAGCAAGGAGCAGGGAGCUUUCGAUCUGAAUGAACGACCGGUUUUCAUUGAUGACAAUGACACAACUGUCGUCCACAGCGGGCCUCGACUCUUGUUCCUCAAGAUUGUCAAAGCCGGUUUGCAGCUGAUCUUGUUUUCGGCGCACAUCCCGCACGAGGCCCGUGAACAGGAACGCCGGGACACCCUCGCUGACCUCGACCAGCAGCUCAGCAAAGUCCGCGGUGUUGAUCUGAUAUUGGGGGGUGUAGAUGCGAAUGGGCGACCACCCCCAGACUUCGCCCAAGUCACAGGGGGGCUGGAAUACGGAGAACCAGACCCCCCAGGCCGCCAAUUUGCUGACCUCCUACACCGCCAUGGACUAUGGAUCCCGUCGACGUUUACUGCCAGGCAUCAAGGACCAAGCCACACUUUUCAGCAUUUGGGUGGCAACCUCCACCGAAUCGAUUUCAUUAUAGUUGGGGGUGAGAUGAGCACUGACGAUGUGAUGACGGCGGUUGUGGCGGAUUUUGACACGGCCAACACAGUCGAAGAUCAUCGCCCUCUGGGCGCAAGCCUGUCGGCCUGGACAGGCCCAAUCUCCUCCGCGAAAAAGCUCUACCGGCCGAAGUUUGACAGACAGCGCUUGUGUACUGAGGAGGGCAAAGCACUGGUCAAGACUGCCCUGGAGUGCUAUCAGGUUCCCGCUUGGACGACCGAUGUCAACCAACAUUGCCAGCACCUGCAAGACUACCUCCAGGACAUCUUGGAGAAACACUUCGUGAUGCCUGCGGGUGGCCUCAAGGCCUCCUACAUCUCCCCGCAGGUCUGGGAAUGGCGUGCUGCAAAAUUGAGACUCAAACUUGCAGCGAGCCAUAGGAGAAAGAUGUGGGAUGCAGCCAAAGAGUGUGCCUAUCAACGAUGGGCGCAUGGAACUACAUUCAGUGCUGGUGCAGUCCCCAAACAACAGCUCCUCUACCAGCUGGCGGCCUCCGCUAUAACCUUCACCACUGCCCGCAUCAAGAGACAGGUCUAUGAUGACAAGCGGUGUUUCUUGCAAGGCCUCGUGAGGGAUGGCCUGCAAUCGGUUGGCCAGAUAUUGCACCGGGUUCGUGCCCACGGAUUGGGUGGGAAGAAAAACCGGGUAUCCAAAAAGCCUCUGCCACGGCUGGUUGAUGCCGAGGGCAACGUUGCGGAAAGCCGUGAGCAACGUGAUGCUGUUUGGUUGGAGCACUUUGGCAACCAGGAGUGUGGACGAGUCCUGCCUAUUGAUGUCUACCUGAGGCAGGAAGCUACAGCUGGCAUGGUGAACAAUGCCGUGCCUUGGUCGAUCGAGGACCUACCGACUUUGGCUGAGACCGAAGAGGUGAUCCGACAGGCGCCCAUUGGGAAGGCGAUGGGAUUGGACAAUGUCCCUGGUGAAAUCGUCCGAGCUGCCCCGGCACAGAUGGCGGCAGUAUUUCAUCCAUUGGUGGUCAAGUCCCUUGCCACACUCUCCCAACCGGUGCAGUGGCGCGGAGGCAUCCUGCACGCAGCAUGGAAAGGUGCAGGAGAGAUCGACCAGCCAGCCAACCAUCGGUCGUUGUUUGUCAGCAGCGUGCUGGCGAAGGCCUACCACAAGCUCAUGCGAAACCGUGGACAAGGUGCACUACACGAAGUCCUCCACGGACUGCACCUUGGCAGCCGACGAGGAGCGCCCAUUGGUUUUGCUUCGAUGAGUCUGGUGGCCCACAUCCGCCGAUGCCAACUCCACAAGCACAGCUAUGCUGCGCUGUUCAUUGAUACGACGGCGGCCUACUACAGAGUUAUCCGACAAGCUGCUCUCGGCCCCCUAGAUCGUGAUGAAAAUGUGGCCAAGCUGCUGGACAAGUUCGGCAUGGCUCCGGAAGACAUGCACACCCUCCUGGAGCUGGUACAGUCGGGGGGCUUGAUGAAGGAGGCCGGAAACUCUGCAGUGGUUCAGGCUGCCUGCGCUGAUUUCCACAGGCAAACGUGGUGUGUAUCGGCAUUUUCUGCCGGAGACUCUGUGGCACUCACAGCCACAGGGUCACGCCCGGGGGAAAGCUGGGCGGAUGCAAUCUUCGCCUACAUCUAUGCCAGGACCUUGGGCACCAUCAUCGAGCGGGCGGAUGGUGAGGAUCUUCUGACGUACCUGCCGGCAGACUCCAAUCCUGUCGGCCUCCCCGGGCCGUCUUUGACCGAGGCAUGUAUGGUCAGAGACUCCACCUGGGCCGAUGAUUCAGUGAUCCCGGUCAGUGACGAGAACCCUGUGCGGCUUGCCGACAAGAUCAAAAGGGUUUCCUCAAUCGCCCUGGCAACCCUGGAAGAGUUCGGUCUCGCUCCGAACUUGAAACCGGGAAAAACAGCAGUGAUGGUACAUCUAUGUGGCCCGGGCUCGCAACAGGCCAAGCGAUCACUCACUGCUGGCAAGAAGGCUGAGCUCUACCUCCAUGACCUGGAUGUGCGAGUUCAGAUCACCCCCCAAUACACGCACUUGGGUGGUGUCCUUGAUGCCAAGCUAAGCCUCAAAGCUGAAGCCAUGCGCAGGCUUGCGUUGCUUGGCGAUGCAUUUGACCAAGGACGCAAGCUCCUGUUUCAAAAUUGUACGAUCCCCUUGCAUACGCGUGUCCAGCUCUACGAGGCCAGUGUUCGCUCCACGCUGUUCAACUUGUCCCUGUGGGUUCCUUGCGGGGAUUCAUGGAGACGACUGUGUGGGGGAUAUACCCGGUGCCCGCGACGGGUUCUGGCGGCGGAGAUCAAAGGCGAGGCCCUCUACAAAGUACCGGCCCCGCUUGUGCACAUAGCUACUGACAGCUGGGAGCUAAAGCACCUUGCCAGACGAAGCCGGCUUGGCCUGUUAUGUGCCAUGAGCCUCAAAGGGCCCGCUGUGCUCUGGGCACAACUGCGAGCGGAGCAGAGCUGGCUGCGGAUCGUCCGUGAUGACCUCAACCAGCUGGCCAAGUUUGAUGAUACAUGGCCGGAUCAGACCUGCUCCUGGCAGGCAUGGGAAACGGCCAUUUGUGCGAAUCCCAACCGCUUCAAGCUCCGUGUCAAGCAGAUGCUCAAGAAGCAGCAUGUUGCGGACAUGGAGAGAUACAAGAGCGACAUGGUUCUUUGGGCGAUGUACCGCCAAGCUCGAGGUGACGAACAUGGCAACACCGAAAAGUUGAAGCAAUGGCAAUGCCGAAUGUGUCACCGGUGUCUUGGGUCGAAAGGAGGGCUGGGAGCUCACUUUUUCAAGACCCACCGGAGAUGUGCAGAUUAUCGGAAGGUUGCCAAGGGAACCUUCUGCAAAGGCUGUGGUACCGAGUUCUGGUCGCUGCCGAGACUUUCCAUCCAUCUCCGGGACACACCUAGGUGUGUCCGUGCUCUUCGAGCGAUUGGCGAGAUUGCCCCCGAGCUAGCACCAGGGCUUGGAAGCAAGAAAUGGCGCCAGCUCGAAAUUGAACAAUUUACGCCUGCUCCGACUUUUCGACGAGAUGAGCCCUGUCCUGUCGAAAGCGGCCGGGAUUGGAGCGAUGAGGCUAGAGCGGCGUACAAGGCGUUGUGCUUCAUGCUCUUCGAUAAGGACAACUGGACGAAUGUGUCCGAGGUCUUCCAAGCGAUCCUCGAGAUCUUGACGACGUUCCCCUUGUACUACUCGGAGGAGCAGACCAUCCUGGAGCAGAUCCGAGUCGAGCUGCUCGAAGUCCAGGCUGCGGCCCCCGAAGAGCUUUGGGGCACCGAGUCUACUUGUCACGUCCUUGAGGCCCUGGAGCAUCCGCUGCCCCUGGUUGACGACCACAGGACCAGAGACUCCAAUGAUGGAGCCCUCACCCUUGACGAGUUCCAGCGGAAGGUUGCGACCAUCAGCUGGGAACACGUUCUUCCACAGACUCUGUCCGGUCGCGAGACCCCUGGACCGACAUCUGAGAAGCUGUACAUAGAGUGGGACGCGAGAGACUCUGUGUGUAGAGAUGUCGGGGAAGCCCUCGCCGCGGCCCGGGACAUACAGUCGAUCAUCCCAGAGAAACUCCGAACGGUGUGGAGCCAAGUGCUGACACGUACAGACGUUUGCAUAUCAGCGCCCACACAUUUCUGGGAUUUUCCCAUUGCAAAGCCUUUCCUGGCUUUGCGGGCUGACUGCAUUUAA